AGUUGAUCUCUUGUAAUCGACCGUGCUUGCAGGACAUGCCUAAGACCGCCUGGCAACCCGAAAAUGCUUCAGACAAACAGGCUUCAAUUUCCUUUUGAUUUUCAGUCUAGAAGUGCAGCUUCACGAACAGCGGCGUGCCUUGGGAUAGCCCUUCUUGGCUAUGACAGGUCGAUCGGCGUGAGAGCCGUCUCCAGGUCUCCCCGCUUUGGAAGUCAUGGUAUUCACGAACUCCACCAAUUCACAUUUUGAGACUGCCCUUUGCAACGUGCAUCACCUUGCAAAGUGUUCAAACAUCCCCUGCUUCGGACAGCGUUGAAUUAUUUUCAGGAUUAUUUUCGGUCUGUCUCAGGAUGAUGGCAGGAAGCCCUGCGGUGAUGAGUCGGUGGCACAGCCCGAAACCGGUACAGUUUAAAGCCUCAUAGAACUAGCUAAUUCGGUGCAUCCAGUACUCAGCGACGUCUGCAACUGACUCAAAACCUACUAAGGCACUACUGAACACAUCAUGAGAGUCAUCACGAUUCAAGAUAACUCGUAUCUAUGUACAAGGUAUAGAGUCAUAGGUAUGUCGCUGGAGUCGACUUUCAGACGUCAGGACAGCUGUAUUAAUACGGCGUGCUCGGAUUCGUACUGCCCCUACCUGUGUGCUCCACCGGCUUUACCGAGGGUGGUUGAGAUGCGUCCACCCUGCCUCUUCGCUUACCGCGAAGAAGCUCCGAAAGCGUUCGUAAGCACCUUCCUUCUCCGGUUUUAUCGCACUAUAACUGUGAAUCGAACACGCUUGAAUCUUGAAGCAUGCAAUCUACUAUGUAUGUCUCGUUCGAAACCCGUCGCCGUUCAAAGCCGCCCCGAACCCCAAACCUUUUGCACGCUUUCCUUCCAUGGUUAUCCAUACUCCCUUAAACGUCCGACAUUGCAUGACGGUGCCACUAAAGUUGGAGUUAAUGUCCGCUUGCGACUAGACACCCUCUCGCAGAGUUUUGUGCCCGCUUUGGCCCUCAUCUUUUGUUUCUUCCAAGCCUCUCUUGACACAUGCGAAUCACGGCCACCAACAAACCGGAUGUACACGUCAGACUCAAAGACGCAUGUGCAGAGGAUAAACGGUGCAUCUUGGUCUGGCACACCUUGUUCAUAUGUACAUCACAGCGAUGUAUAUAGUUCUUCCCGUGUCCCAGUGCCUCGAUCAUGAUUUGUCUAGUCGGAACAUAGCAAGCGACGAGGUCUUGGUUUUGAUUGUCUGAGAUAUACAGAUACUCGCGGGGUGAUUGUUGUUUCUUUUUUUCAAGUCCAGCUUAACUCC